AUGCCUCCUCCAGCAGCCGGCUCCCUGCCCAGGCUUUUGCCCAAGCCUUCCACCGCGCAGGAGCGACGGCAGCCUGCCUCGUUACCCCGCAAACGUCAGCCAGUGAGCAAUGCCUGCAACAGCUGCAGGACGCGGAAAACAAAGGUACGAGCCAACCAUUUACCCACGGGCAGUUCAAAAGCGGCCUGGCCGCCGUUCAAUGAAGCCCCGAGGCAACCAACCACCACCACCACCGAGCGUGAUGGGACGACAACUGAUGUGGAAGAGCAUAUUAUUAGUGCGACGGCGCCCGGCCUGCGUGUCGACAAUCUCCGAAAGGAGCGCACCGAGAACUUUGCCAGCAUCGUCGAACUCAUCCGCCGCUCCAACGGCGUCAGCGCCGAGGAGAUUGCGCGGCGCAUCAGAGAAGCCGACAACGUCGACACCACCAUCAGCGACAUUGCCGACGCGAGCAUGCUACUGCAGUCUUCGGCACCGCCGCCGCCGCCGCCGACGGUGCCUGCGUAUCCCGCCGGACCAUAUCCCGCAUCUGCACCCCCCCGGCCGCUGUUGGCAUCACCAUGGACAACCGUGUCCACUGAUGAUCGCCACAUGAACCAUUUGCUCAACUUGUUCUUCACUUGGGACAAUGUCGUCGAGCGCAUCAUCUAUCGGCCAGUAUUUGAAGAGGAUGUUAGGCAUUCGCAGACUGGCGACGCUGACGCUGACGCUGACGGCGACACAAACGACGGUAUUCGCCUCUGCUCUCGCUUCCUCGUGAAUUCUCUUCUAGCUCUCGGCUGUCUUUACUCCAUGGACCCGGCAACAUACAAAACCCCGGGAGAUUCCCCCUCCAGAGGGCGACUAUGGGCAGAUGAGGCUGAGCUUCUCUUACAACAGUGCUCCCAGCCAUCUAUCCCGCUCAUGCAGGGCCUGUACGCCCUCUUUGUUUACGAGGGCAACCUAAGAAGCGGUCAGAAGUCCAUCGAAUACUUCUUUCGGUGCAUGGAGAUGCAUGGAGCACUGGACGAGAGCCUCAGACGCAAACUUACCAACAACACAAGACUCACUCCUCGACAACGGCGGGAGCGGGAAGCUAUAUCCUGGUGCAUGUGGGGACUGUACUGCUACGAAUGGCGAUCUACCGAGGCGCUUGGUUUGCGAAAGUUAACGCGCCAGCCGAGCAUCGCCAAGCUAUGGCGCGAGAGUGAUUUUUCCCUUCGGCAAUCCGACUGCGUGGGGUAUUGGUGGUACCCUUAUCCGAUCAGCCUUCAAGCGCAGCCAUCGAUGCAGGUGGCGGUCCGGGAGGCAGACGUGGCGCUAUCCCUAAUUGUUGAGAGGAUCUUGGAUUACCUACAUCCCGAAGUCGAAACGGACACAGCCUUGACAAGACCCCGGGAUGCACUCGAACUCUACAAUGCCUUGGCAGCGUGGAAGUACCAACUCCCCGACGAGUUGCGUUUCGAGAAUGCUGUUCUGCCAUCGGUCUUUCUCUUGCACAUCGCCUUGGAGGUCAUGUACAUAGCCAUCCUACGCCCCUUCGCCCACACGACAAAGGAACGCUUUGGGCGCUUCGACCCCCACGAGCGGUGCGCCGCGCACGCGAGCCACGUGGUGACGGCCAUCUGGACGUUCCGCGCGUACGGCCAGCUUCGGUACGAGUAUUACCUCGUACAUCCGCUUGGUACGGCCUGCUACAUCAUGCUGCAGGACGCCGAAGCGCCGGUGAAGAUGGACUCGCUUGUUCGCGCGUGCCAAUGCCUGUACGUGAUGCGCACGACGCUACCGCUGGCAGUGGACGUGCUGAGCGGCGUCCGAGCCGCCUUUUACAAAGACAGAUUGACAAUACCGACGUUCAUGGCCAGGUACUUUAACAGGCUCGAGCAGUUGCUUAAGGAGCUUGACAAUGUCGAUAUUCACUAA